CAAGAUGCCCAAGUUGAUCCUAUACGGCCUGGAAGCGAGUCCGCCAGUUCGUGCGGCAAAAUUGACUUUGGCUGCCCUGGGUGUUCCCUACGAAUACGUGGUGGUAAACACUCUGGCCAAGGAGAACCUCUCCGAGGAGUUUCUAAAGAAGAAUCCCCAGCACACGGUGCCCACGUUGGAGGACGAUGGCCACUUCAUCUGGGACUCACAUGCCAUCAUCGCCUAUCUGGUGUCCAAAUACGGCAAGACUGACAGUCUCUAUCCGAAGGAUCUCCUCCAGCGUGCUGUGGUGGAUCAGCGACUGCAUUUCGAGUCUGGGGUGAUCUUCUCUGGCGCUCUGAAUAGCAUUGCCAAACCAUUUUUUGUGUCCGGUCAGACCACGAUUCCCAAGGAGCGGUACAACGCGAUUUUCGAGGUCUACGACUUUGUAGAGACUUUCCUCACCGGACACGAUUACAUUGCCGGAGAUCAGCUGACCAUUGCGGACUUUAGCGUCAUCACAUCGAUUCCCGCCCUGGCGGUAUUCGCGGACAUCGAUCCGGUGAAAUAUCCAAAAAUUACUGCGUGGAUCAAGAGGAUUGAGGAACUUCCUUAUUUCGAGGAGGCAUGUGGCAAAGGGGCCCGGGAGUUGGAUACCCUAUUCAAGAAAUUUAAUUUUACCUUCUCAGCUUAAUAUUUAUUUUUAAUAUGUAACGAUAUAAGUUAUAAAAACAUGUUUGCCCACUCAUACAAGGCAAAAUGGCGUAUACAUGAUCAUGCAGUGCAGUGGUAAGCCUGUUCAUUAAUAAAAGUUUUACUUACCC